AUGAGCUCACAUGGUGAGUACUACAGACCGUUAGCUAUGAGCUGGAUUCACACAAGCAACAGUGAAUCUCAGCCAUCUAUCUCCUUACACUUGUCAUUCUUAGGACUAAGUGAGUACACAAUUAACAAGGAAUACUUAAUUGAUGGUUGUGUAAAAUGUGGAUUAAUUGGAUGCAGUUACGCCAUGAUAUCAUUUGUGGCAUCCACAAUCAGGGGCGCCCAUCACCAUCAACAUGUUAAUCAUGGAGUUCGGUCUCAUUCAACGCCUGGAAAAGUUUUUGAUAUGCUGAAUGGAUUUGGAACAGUAGCAUUUGCUUUUGCAGGGCAUAGUGUGGCCUUGGAGAUUCAAGCCACAAUCCCUUCACCUCCAGAGAAGCCAUCAAAAGUUGCCAUGUGGAAAGGUAUUGUGGUUGCUUACAUCAUCGUGCCAUUUUGCUAUCUUGCUGUUGCAAUCUCUGGCUUAUGGGCUUUUGGCAAUGUUGUAGAAGAUGAUGUUUUCAUCUCACUGGAGAAAACUAAUUGGCUCGUUGCAUUGGCCAACAUUAUGUUGUUCUUUCACGUUAUAGGAAGCUAUCAGGUAAAGCAAAACUGUUGCAUGAAUUCAAAUUAA